AUCAUCCCAACCGAAGUAGAAGCAGAAAAGUUCAAUAUUCUUCUUCUUGUGAAAAUUCUCUUCCAAGUGAGUGUGGUUUUUUAUUCGCGAUGUUAUAUUUUGUAAUUUAUAAAAAUUAGAAUACUAUGUUACCUAAAACACAAAAGUCAGGAUUCUGGAAAUUCAUUAAAGGCGGCGCCAAAACAUUGUUCGUAAUUGAAGCUGUGUGUUUUGCUGUUUCUUACGGUGUCUAUUAUCGCAUGAACACCGAUCGAGAUUUUCGUCAAUAUAUGAGCAACAAUUUUCCAUCUGUACUUAACUACUACUACAAAAUUGGAGAAACUCUAGGCGACAGCAACAUCCGUUCAAUUGAUUCAUCCUAUUGGCGUGCAACUGCCAAAAAGUCAGAAUAACUCAGCCUCUAAACAAAUCUCAAAUCAAAACUCUGAAGUAAAUAACUUUUUAAUUUCAUUAUUUUAUAAUCCAAAAACUCUUUCCAAUCCUUUUAUCUCCAUUCUAAACAAAACAAA